AUGGAAGCUUCAAGAGUGGAUGCUGAAUUAAAAAAUAAAAUGGCACAUUUAGAUAUAAUGGAGGUGGAUACUCCUAGUAAUGAUCCAGCUCGAGAAAAGUCUGAUGAUGCAGCAUCAUCUAGAGUUUUAAGAAAAAGGAAAUCUCUAAUGCCUGAAAUUAGCAAAUCUAGAAAUCGUAGAGUUAGCAUGAAACCACGAAAACAUAUGACUGAAAAUGCAAAUCCCAAGCAAAUUGAAGCUCUUUAUUUAAACAAGAAAGUAAAAGCUUUAUCACAAACAUUGGAAACAAUUUAUGAGGAACCUAAGACUGAUAAUUCGCCAGAUACUUUGAUUAGUGGAAGAAAAGUUAAAAGACUACUUACAUUCCAGUUGGGUCUGGGUUUAGUUUGCCCUCUUGGAUCUUCUACAGAGUCAGUAUGGCCUAAAUUAUUAAAGGGACAUUGUGGAAUAGUCUCCCUCCAUAAUGAAGAAUAUUCGAAACUACCAUGUAAAAUUGCUGGUCUUUUGCCUAUUGAGAAUGAUGAAAAACUCAAGAAAGCUUUGUGUAAAGCUAACUUAAAAUCCAUGGCUCCUGCUACAUGUCUAGCGCUGGUUGCUACAGCAGAAGCCUUAGCAGACGCUAAAUGGUCACCGCAAUUAGAAACAGAAAAAGAAAUGACAGGAGUUGCAUUAGGAAUAGGAAUGAUUGAUUUGAAAGAUGUAUGUGAUACAAAUGAAGCUCUGAAAGUAGGUUACAAUAAAGUAAGUCCAUUUUUUGUUCCAAGAAUAUUGCCUAACAUGGCUGCUGGUCACAUUAGUAUUAAAUAUGGACUACGAGGACCAAACCAUGCAGUCUCUACAGCAUGUGCAACAGGUGCACAUUCCAUUGGUGAUGCUUUUAGAUUUAUUAGGAAUGGAGAUGCAGAUGUAAUGGUAUGUGGAGGAGCAGAGUCGUGCAUCAGUCCAUUAGCUAUAGCAGGGUUUUGUAGGUUAAGAGCCUUAACUACUUCUUUCAAUGAAACACCUACAAAAGCCUCCAGGCCAUUUGAUAAAAAGAGAGAUGGCUUUGUCAUGGGUGAAGGUGCUGCUGUUUUAAUUUUAGAAGAAUAUGAACAUGCAUUGAAACGAAAUGCUACAAUGUAUGCAGAGAUCUUAGGGUAUGGUUUAUCAGGUGAUGCAUCUCACAUCACAACUCCCAGGGAAGAUGGUAGUGGGGCAAUUUUGUCAAUGAGUAGAGCUUUAAAGGACAGCAAUUUGGAAAAAGAAAGUAUCACAUAUAUCAACGCCCAUGCAACAUCCACUCCCAUUGGAGAUGGUAUUGAAUCUACUGCCAUACAAACCCUAUUUAAGGGACAUAGUUCAAAUAUUUCAAUAUCCUCCACAAAAGGAGCGCAUGGUCACUUAUUAGGUGCUGCAGGCAAUUUAGAAGCAAUUUUUACUGUUUUAGCCUGUCACACUGGAAUGUUACCUCCAACAUUGAACUUGGAUGAACCUGUAGAUGAUCUUAACUAUGUUGCAAAUGUUACAAGGAAAUGGGAAUCUGAAAGGAGAAUAGCUUUAAAAAAUUCAUUUGGCUUUGGUGGUACAAAUGCCACACUUUGUAUAGCACAAAUAUAAUAACGAGACAAGAAUGGUUGUAUGUAAUGAAGAGAAUUAAUAUACAUAGAUCAUUUAUAUAAGUUUUCUAGAAAAGAAAUAAAUAUGUCAUAACCAUAAUAGUGUGAUUCUAUUUCUGAUUCCACAUGAGAAUGUUUAGCUUAGCACUAUUCAAAUGAUAUUCUAUAAGGCUCAAUUUAAGCUGCUGAGGAAUGGAAGCAAAUUUUUCAAUUAAAUUGUUCAUAGCAUAAUGAUUGUUAUGUUGCGCAUCUUUUGCAGAAUCCUCAUCCUCAUAUUUAGUUUGUAUGUUAAACAAUUCACAUGAAGUUCAUUAUACACUUCACUCAAUUUUGUUUUAAAAAUUCUUUUCCAUUCUGCAUAAGUUUGCUUUGUGGGGCAACUAGGGAACUAUUACAAUUAUGAUAGCUCAAUAUGCACCUGGCCUUUUUUUUGACUGUAAUGACGUGCCUUUAUAAAGAUUUUUUAAUAUAGCUGCCUGGACCCAUAAAAAAAAUAUUUACAAAUAAAACGAAAAUUAUAUCACUGUAUUAUAUAAUAUAUUUAAAACUGAGUUACAAAUGUUUCUGAUUUCAAUAACAAUGGCAAAAUAGCCACGGUAACUCCCGUCCGAAGCUUUUCCAUAACGAGCAAUAAUUCAUCAUGUACCACGUAAUAUUGAGUCAUAUAAGCACAAAUUGAAAAUAAAAUAUUUUGAUCAAAAAUGCUACUUUAAAUAUUUCAUUACUAAGCCUUCUAACAAUAUAAUAAUUCUUUAAAUGCUGGGAUUAUCCAGUCAAUCAUUAAAACUGUUGGAAUCAUUCAAACUUGCACUUGAUUUUAUUAUGCCUUAAAAUUAUAUUCUCCACAGGUUUCAAACAUGAUUUAACAAAACAGUACCACCAAUAUUAGAUUUUUAUUAUAUCAUCUACAACAUCUGUAAUAACUAUAAUAAGCACCCAUUAUUCUUAGAACAGAGGCUACUAAUUAUUAUGAAAUAACCGAGAAAGAGGAUCAAAAUAUAAUAAUAAUGGAAUGAACAAUUUUUUAAAUCAAAAUGUAUUCCUGUGAAUAUCCUUUUUGCCAAGUCUCGUAAAAAUAUGUUAUAGUCAUAUUAACAUCUAAAACUAAUACGAUCUUUAAAUUUGUAGUAAGAUUUUUGUUCAAGAUUACAGAUUUCGGAAUUCAUACAUUAUUACUAAUGCCUCAUUUUGGACGCAAUGUUAAUUUCGUAAAAUUAUAAUAUGAUGUUUUUCUCAAUAACACCUUAAUUCAUGAUGAUACAUUGCUAUGAUGUUUCAUGUAAUUAAUAUUACUGGGAGUAAUAAUUGCUAUCAUGUCUAUUACUGAGACUUGACAAAAACAUAUCAAAGAAACCAGUUUCAACAGAGUACUAGAUAUUGUAGUUUUGAAAGUAUACAAUCAAUAUUCGUUUAUUACCUACCAGAGGACUGAGUGUCUGUCACAUAGUGGACUGGCGAUUAAGACUUACAGUCUGACCAGCUGUGGAUCUGAAGCGGUUAUACGUUUUUGUGCCAUUUCGGGAGAAAAUGACUAUGAAUAUUUUAUAAAGUGCAGUUUAAUUUUGUGGGCUAGGGCGAUUUAGGCAGCCUGCUUGUCUUGUGUAGGUGGACGCGGCGGAUUCACGCAAAGUUGUGCGAAUUUCUGUCGUAGGUUCUGCCGCAGUUCUUGUCUUUUUUCUGUUAUGUUCCUACGAGAUCUAAAUUCUAAAACCUCUUCUAUGGGAAUAUAACUGGUGUCCUCUUCGUCUUCCGAUGAGCAUGUGUCCUACAACAUUGGAGGACCAGGUUGUAUUAAAUAAGAAAAUAUUUACAAAAGUAUACUAAGGUUCUACUAUCGGCACAAGAAUCUCAACAACACAAUAUAAUAUUACAUUACUCAAAUUCAAGGUAUUUAUCAGAAACAUGCUUGACCAACAAACAAUUUAGUUCUUCAUUAGCUUUACAACUAUUGCACUGGGUGAAAAGAAACUCAAACGAGGAAUAUGUCGUGCAAGUUUGAUUUUAGCAAAUAAUUGAAGACAUGGGUAGAUAAAUACAAACACAAAACUCUAAAUUAGUGUUAUAGGAUUUUUUGUCGAGAAAUAGAAUAAAGACUUAUUCUAGUAAGUACAUAAUGUUGUUAGAAAAAAAUAUUAUAUUUUUAUAUAAAAAACAAAUGUUUGCUGUGUAAAUAUUACAACAAUAAUGUAUGAACGUGUUUAUUGAAAUGGAAUUAGACUUUCAAUUAUAAAAUUAUUUUAGAAUUUUUCAUAAAAAUAUCAGUAUUCUGGCUUCACAAAGUUAAGGUGAUCUUUAAUGUUAUCUUUUUUUUCCAUUGAUUUCGUGCCAUAUAGCUAUAGAUAUUUUGGUGGUCAAUUUUGGUAAGAUAGGUCACAGAUGAAGGUGUUAUGUACAUACAUAACACUUUCUUCCAUUACACGAUUUUGUGUUUUAUCAUUGAAGUCGUGUGUUAUGUGCCCUUAACACAUUCUUCCACCAACAAGUUAAGUGUUGUGCGUACAUAGACCCUUCACCCAUUAUUUUUUCACUGUUUAUUAGUAAGAAAUCUAAAGAUGCCAUGACUUCUGAGCUGGCACAACAUCAUCUUUCAUUCAUGACAUAAAAACUAAAAUUUAAAAAAAUGCAACGAAACCCCAUCUUUUACUCAUGUCUUCAAUUAUUUUGCCAGUUUUAAAUAAAUAAAAUUAUAUUUGAAUUUUAACUCAAAACUCACAAUCAACAUUUCCUGUAGCGACAGCGUGAACCUGGUGCACGACUUCUCUAGUGUCCAAGCAGUCCCCCCGCUCGUGGUUGCAGAAUCACUCAGAGCCCUUGGGCGAGCCUAAAGUGAAUAAACUAUAUUUGAACAUAAAACUCACCAUCAACAUUUCCUGUAGCGACAACGUGAACCCCGUGCAUGACUUCUCGUGUUUCGUGUCCAAGCAGUCCCCCCGCUCGUGGUUACAGAAUCCCUCUGAGCACGCCACCUCGGAACCUUCAGGCGAACUCAUGAGGGACGACGACCCAGAUAUAGUGUCGCAGCACCCGCCGUUGUUCCCCGACGAGUAGCCACAGUCCUGGGAGUGGUCGUGGGGGGACAGUUUCCCGUUUUUGUUCCGCUUCUUGUUUGGCGAGCGACGCGGCGUCGGUUCGUCACAGGAACGGCAGCUAUCGCCGGCCUCGCAGCACGCUGGGUACUCGCGCGGCGAUAGUAAUUCCGUGGGCGUGUCUCGCUCUUCUAAUAGGCAUUCCUCGCAUUGGCACUUUUCCUCUGGCUCUUCGGAGUCAGCCUC